CCUAGAAGAUUUGGAUUUCGCCAACGAUGAUUUGUGUCCAAUGUCACACAAACUUAAAGAUCUACAGGCGGAAACUAAAAAGUUGGCAGAAGAGGCAGGGCAGCGAACGAAGACGGGACUUCAAGCGAACGUUGGGAAGAGAGAGUUGAUGAAGAAACCCAACCAACAACAACAGCAACAACAACAAGCUCCAAUCACCAUCAACGAGGGAAACUUAAAGGAAGUAGCCUCCUUCACCCAUCCAGGCAGGCAGCACUACCUCAACUACAGGCGGCGGUGGCACAGACGAGGAAAUCAAAGGCAGGAUGAGAAAAGCAAGAUAGGCGUUCAUUAACCUGAAACCAGUAUGGAGAUCUUCCCCACUCAGCAUGUGGAACAAAGUCCAGAUUUUCAACACCAACGACAGUCAAGUCAGUGCUCCUAUGUGGUUGAGAAACGUGGUGCGUUACGAAAGGGAAUUUCCUACAAACAACAGAUAUUCAUCAACAACUGCCU